AUGGAUUCAGCAUACAGCUGGCAGAGCCAGCAAGUGGGCGUGCCUCCGCAUCCCCUUCUGCUCCGGAGCUUCUUGGAGUAUGAGAAGGAAGGCAGUGGCAAGACGCAGCCGCCGGUCCUUGUCCUUGGCGCCAGGGACACUCAUGCGAAGGACCCUCCAGUUCGCGAUGCAGACUUAGUCGCUGUUUGUCUUCUUGUGCGUGCCAUGUCAAGAACAGCUUCGCUGCCCAUGGUGCGGCUGGACCUUUCUGGGGAAUUGAUAAGCUGUGGUGGCGCAAGAACCAUUGCCGCCGUCCUGCAGGUGAGUUCCAAUCUUUGCUCUGUGCUUUUGCGACGGACUCACGUCGGAGAUGAUGGUGCUGCGGCGCUGGGGGCAGCGCUGAGCUCCAGCAUCUUGCAGGAACUUGACCUGGGUGAAUGUGCCGUGACAGAUGCAGGCGUGCGAUACCUUGUGAGAGGCAUGCAAGUGCAUGGCAUCCCACCCAGCUUCAAAGUGUUGCUGCUCGACGGAAACGCAGUUGGAGAUGCAGGUGCCAUUGAGGUUAUUGCUUUGGUAGAAGAAGGAUCAACGCUGUCUACACUAAGUGUUCACCCAGCCCUGCCGCGCUUUCUCUCAAAGGAAGUGGAGGCUGCUUUGCAGGUGGCUUGUGAACUAAGCCGAGUGAACCUGGAGUACAAGGGACAACCCGCCAGCUUAGACAUGCUUGCGAGUCCCCGGACCCAACGCUGCCAGACGAAACCCCCGCCGGGGGUCAGCAUCUCCACGAGCAGAACCAGCAGUGCGCGGCAUUUCAGCGCCAACUCCGCAGCUCCAAAGCGAGUGCCAGACGUGCGGAGUAGUGAGCAUCUAGCUUCCUGGAUGGCUGCUACGGAGCGUGAGCUCCGGGAGCUCAAGUGGCUGCUUCGCUCGAGUUCCGCAAGGCUAGAUGGGCAACACAAAAAGCUGGUGGCCGAAUUGGAGAAGCUGCAAGCGCAGCUGGACACCUGGGCGCUUGGAAGCUCCGAGCCCUCCGAGGAAGCUCGGCUUGAUGUCUUGGAGGCCCGCUUCGACUCCAUUGAACAGUUGGUUGGGAGGGAGCAGUCAGAGUGCGCGCAGAUGUGGCAGCUGGUGGAGGUGGCGGCAGGGGCCGGCUGUGCCAGGAAGUGA